UCUGAAAGGGGCAUCGUCCCUGCGGUUCUAUAUUACCAUCCACGUCAAAGCCCUACACGGAAGAGGCGAAAAUUGAAAGAACAACAAUUAGGGUUUGUUUGAAGAACUGAUGAAGAAAUGGCAUCGCUUGGAUCAAUGAAAUCAGCCAUAUUCGACAAGGAACAGAGAAAACAGCAGUGUCAGGCUCACAUCCGAGGCCUUAAUGCAUACGAUCGGCACAAGAAGUUCUUGAAAUAUUACGUUACCUUUUAUGGAAAAGAAAGUUCUACGCACAAAAAGCUGCCUGUCAAAACUGAUCAAGACACUCUUAGAGAGGGAUACUGGUUUAUACGUUCUGAAGAAGAUGAUAUAAAUCUAACUUGGGAACAACGGCUGGUGAAGCGUUACUAUGAUAAGCUUUUUAAAGAAUACUGCAUAGCUGAUAUGUCACAGUACAAGACCGGGAAGGAUUUCCUCUAGAUCGAGCUUAGAGAGCUCGAGAUUUUAUAACAUUGUUGGUAAAUAAAAAGAGAAAAUGGUAUGUUUUUAUGUUAAUUUUGAUUUGUAUAUUUUAUGUUUUAUGAUUUAUGUUUUAAGUUUUAUAAGAUAUGGAUGAUUGUGGAACAUAUUGAUAUUAGUGGAUAAUGUUUUAGAGACAUGCAUAUAUUUAAAUACAGGUGGAUGAUUAAUUUAUUAUAGUUGGUAGUUAGAAUUAGUAAACUCUGGUAUUAUGAUAUAUGGAGAUUAUGAUUAUAUUUUCCGCUGCGUAUGUUAUGACUUAUGAAUCUAUCAAGAUAUUAUCAGGUAUAAUGCGUCGGACCCGAGUUUAAGGGUUCGGCACGUUACACAACUCCCACUUGUUCUCAUUCAUGGAUGUUGGCUUACCCUUCAACGGUAAGUGCAAUUCUUUCAUAAACAAAUAAUGUUCAAUUUGCAUCUUCCAAAAAUCGAAAUUGUUUCCAUUGAAUAUUUCGAUUUUUUAGUUCUUUUCAUUCGACAUCUCGAUUUGCUAAUCUAGAAAUGGAAUUAGUUCAAAUGGAUAGCACGGUUAAAUCCGAAACGAUCGAAAACCCUAGAAAUGGUUUAAGUCGCUCGAAAAGUGGACCCAAAAUGACUCCGAAAAGCUCAGUCAAUGUUUGUCAAAUUUGGUCAAACAUGCUGACGUGGCAUGCUGGCACGGCCUGCUAAUGUGGCGUUUACGUGGCAAUGUGGGGCCCACUGAUGACAUGCCAGCUGACUUGGUAGGGGCGGGGGCCAUAUGCUGAUGUGGGCUGUUGACGUGGCACAUCUGCUAACGUGGCACCUCCGGCUGACGUGGCACCCACAAGUUGACGUGCUCGGCUGGCGUUGCAGCUGACUCAGUGAAGUUGACGUGGCCGAUUCUAAGACGACGAGUUGGAUCCGGGUCAGGAAGGGGAUCUUGGGUUAACCCGGGUCUCAGUGUCCUGUCGGGUCGGGUAGUGAACCGGGUCGAGUUAAGGUUGUCUGGGCGAGGAAGAUGCGUGCAGCGCGUGAGGGACUGGUCACUGGUGCGUGGAGAAGUGUCCUGCUCCAGCGGGGCGCAUGAGGGUGCGUGAGGCUUCUACUGAACUCCUUUCGAGCUCCGAUUUGCACGAUUCUCUUCGUCUUGGCGAGAUGAAUGCGAUGGUGGCCUCAAAACUUGGUUUCGAUCCACUAAACAGAGCUCUAAUUUCGGGAUCAUUUUCGAUUGACUUUUUUGCUCCAACCGGGCUCUGAUACAACUUGUUAGGAACCUGUGAGCAUCUAGAUCAAAGUGACACCAAAAUUUUAACGUAGUUCGGUCAAUAACGGUUUACGUCCACGGAGCACACACCAAAUAUUCACUAUCGCCAGAAAAAUUACAACUCUCACACACACACUCUCUCUCUCUCUCUUCCUUCCUUUCUUCUCACUCUCUGCACUCUCUGAGCUUCUCACUCUAUCUACACUUUCUCUGCACUAUAUUUUACAUCAUCCACAGCCCUCUAUUUAUAGGAUUUGGAAUUUAAAUCACAAUUAAGAUAAAAUUAAUCAUGAAUAAAAGUUACAACAGAGAGGUUAAUGGUGGAUUAAUGCAACGCGUUUCUGACUCAACUGUGUCUCCUGGCUCCAUCUCUAAUAAUCUCACACUUGAAGACAGAGACGCCUCAGUAUCAUGAAUAAAUAAUGUGCUCAAAAUAUGUGUUUUCAAGCAUGAAGAUUAACUGAAGUUGUAGUAAUCGGGAAAAAUAAAAUUUUUUAAAAAAUAAUAAUAAAAUAAUAAACUAAUAAAAUAAAAUAAAUUAAUAAAAUUAACAAGUAAAAUGAAUAGUAUGAUAAGGAAUAUAUAUAUAAUUGUGCAAGCUUCUCCAAGAAGCCCCAUUGUUUUCUCUCUCUCUCCUACGACUCUCUCUCUCUCUCUCUCUCUUUUUUUCGAUUUCGGGCUAGUUUUACGUUGGAUCGACAAACUGAAGCCACCAUGACGCUCCUGGCGAAGUUCUCUGCAAAUCUGCCGGAUCGGAUUGUUAGAGAAAGCAAUUUGGAAAUCAUCCUUAGGUUGAGGUAAGACUUUUUAAGUGAAAUUUGAAGUUGUGACAGUUGAGAAAAGUGUUAUAAGCGUUAAAAUAUUAAAGUUUAAUACUGGGAGUUUUCGUUUCCAGGGGUGUUGAUUGGGGGAACGUUGGGAAUCAUCUCUAAGUUGAGGUAAGACUUUUUAAGCCGAAUUUGAUUUAGUGGUAGUUAUAGAAAAUAUUGUACGUACGAAAAUACUGAAUUUUAAUUUUGCGAGUUUUCAUUUUUAGGGUGUUGAGUUGAGAACCCUGCAGGUGCAGGAGAAAUUUUCUUAGGGACAUUUCAGGAAUCAGGAACCCCAGAUAUGAGAGGGAAAAAUCCCGCUGAUCUAGAGUUGUCAGUUUGCCCUUUUUGAAGGGUAAGUUUUGUAGGGACAGUUAGAUUUUGUGGGGAAAUGUUCCUAAAUGAUUUUUUGGAUGUAUAUAUGGAAAUACUGUAGACUAUAGCAACUCUGGUAUAUUAUAAAAUAUGGUAUUGAGAUGUACAUUAUUAUA